AUGUUAAGUUACUAUAAUCACAUUAAUGGGAAUAUUAAAAAAGCAAGAAAUAAUCCGCAGAGUCCGACAAAUAUAACUUUGUUAGGUUCUGAAAUAAGACAAAUAUUACAAAGAACACCAUAUGAAGUAACGAAAAAAUUCAGCAAUAAUAUUUAUAACAAUAAUAGUGAUAAUAGUGAUAAUAUAUAUUCAAAAUUGGUGAGAACUAAGUACGAUUACCAUCAUCAUUCUUCCUGUUAUGAUCAAUUUAACAUACAGAUUAAAUGGAUUACUUUUCGUAAUGAAAUGAUAGAUGAAUUGUUGAAGUUAAAUGGCGUUUUGUAUCUUGAAGGAAACACAAAUAUAUGCGAAUUCAGAAAAAACACAGUAAAUAUUGAUGAUAUUCAAAAUAUAAAUUCACCGAAUUCGUUAUUUUACAACCCUUUAAGGUCCUUACAUUCACCCGGGAUAACAAGUAAUACUAGUGGUUUGAAUAUAUCAUAUAAUAAUAAAAAAGUAGGUUCUCUAAAAAAAAAUAAGUUUAGAAAUAAUAUUAGGAAUAUAAUAAAGACCUUGAGAAUAAAAGUCAAACAUGCAUUUACAUUGAAAUCAAAAAACCCAUAUGAAAAUUAUAUUGAUGCUAAAAAUGGUACAACUCCUAGUACAAUAACAACGCCCAAUAUAAAUUUAUUACCCACCGAACAAUCAUCACCUAUUAGAUUCUGUGUAUCAUCUCUAGGUGAAAAUUUAUAUAACGAAACUAUGUAUGGUGGAAGCGAAGAUGACACCAUUGAGUCCUUUGGGUAUCCAAUUCAUCAUACUAGUUUGGUUGAUAAUAGUUCUCAUAGUGUGUCCCUGUAUCAUACGAAUAUGCUCAAUUAUUUUUAA